ACUGAGCAGAAAGCCAGCGGGAGCCCUGACGCUUGGCCAGCCCCUUAAUAAGGCUGAUGAGAUUUGCAGGCUGAUCGGCUCUGCUGACACGGGGCCUCCCGCAGGGGCUCCGGCGGCCCACCGACCGGCCCGGCUCGCUCACACACCCCGCUCCCCUCAGCUCCGGGCCGCGGAUCGACGUGGGGCGGCAUGAGUUCCCCGGAGGCGCAGGCGUACCGGCUCCUGACCGAGUACACGAACGGUUUCAUGGUGUCCCAGGUUCUGUUUGCCGCCUGUGAGCUGGGCCUGUUUGACCUUCUCUCCGAGGCCCCGGAGCCCCUGGGCUCGGCGGCGGUGGCUGCACGUCUGGGCACCAGCUCCCACGGGACCCGGCUCCUGCUGGACACCUGUGUGUCCCUGAAGCUGCUGCAGCUGGAGAGCAGAGGAGGACAAGCUUCAUAUCGAAACACAGAGCUCUCCGGCACCUACCUGGUCCGGGCCAGUCCCAAGUGUCAGGUCAACAUGCUGGCGUACCUGGCCAGGACGACGUACCGGUGCUGGGGCCACCUGGCCCAGGCCGUGAGGGAUGGCAAGAACCAGUACCAGGAGGCCUUUGGGGUUGCGUCCGACGAGCUCUUCACGGCCAUCUACAGAUCGGACGGCGAGCGCGUGCAGUUCAUGCGGGGCCUGCAGGACGUCUGGAGCGUCAGCGGGAGGCCAGUGCUCACGGCCUUCGACCUGUCCCCGUUCCGGCUCAUCUGUGACGUCGGAGGUGACCGGGUCCACACGGGCCGCUCACUGCUGCGCGCCCCCCGCCCCGCUCUGUGCCCACGCGCAGGCUGCUCCGGGGCGCUGGCCAAGCAGUGCGCGGCGCUGUACCCCGGGUGUCGGGUCACCGUGUGCGACACCCCCGACGUCGUCCGGACGGCCAAGGAGCACUUCGGAAGCCGGGAGGAGGAGGAGGAGGAGGAGGAGCGCAUCGGCUUCUGGGAAGGAGAUUUCUUUAAAGACCCCCUUCCGGAAGCGGAUCUGUACAUCCUGGCGAGGGUCCUGCACGACUGGAGUGAUGAGCGGUGCUCGCAUCUGCUCACGUGCAUUCAUGGAGCCUGCAGACCAGGCGGCGGCGUCCUGGUGAUCGAAAGCCUCCUGGACGCAGACGGGCGGGGCCCCCUGACCACGCAGCUCUACUCGCUGAACAUGCUGGUGCAGACGGAGGGCCGGGAGAGGACCCCCGCCCAGUACGCCGCGCUCCUGGCGCCCGCCGGCUUCCGCGACGCGCGAUGUAGGAGAACCGGCGGCCUGUACGACGCCAUCCUCGCCAGGAAGUAGCUCCUGCCGUCAGCGGCCGCCGCGCAACAAGCGCCUCCCACACGGUGUGCUGCGCGCGUCCUCGGCGCGGGGCUGGGACGGAGGGGUGCGGGUCUCCGCGCUGUGCUGGGCCGCCGGUCAGUCUGUACAUUUGUCUUGUUCUCUUCUACCCUACUCUACUCUACUCUACCCUA